GAAGUUUGGGCCGCUUGGUGACCGGUAAAUGCUUGGCCGUGAUCACGUGCCGCCGGCCGCUUUGCCUUGCUAGUUUCGCUUCCGCAGCCCAGCGCUUGCGCCAUGGCCGAGAAGUUGCAGCCGCGCACUUUGCGGCUCUCGCCUCCCGGCUUGGGCUUAGCCGAGGGGCGCGGGGAGCGAGGGGCCGUCAGGAUGUUGGGGGACAUGGAUGAAGAAGACGAGGCCUUCCAGCUUCCGACGGGAGGGUGAGAAUGCGGCGCCUCUCUGCGUGGGGGGAGAUGCGGGGUGUGCGGGUGUCUUUGGGUCCGCGUGAGGGGGCGGGGCUGUGUGAGGGGACUAGAGCUGUAUGUGGGGCUGGGGCUGCAUGUGGGGCUGGGGCAGCAUGUGGGACUAGACUGUAUGUGGGGCUGGGGCAGCAUGUGGGGCUGGGGUGGGUGUGGGGUUGGGUCUGUAUGUGGUUCUGGGGGUGUAUGUGGGGCUGGGGCUGCAUGUGGGACUAGAGCUGUAUGUGGGGCUGGGGCAGCAUGUGGGGCUGGGGUGGGUGUGGGGCUGGGGCAGCAUGUGGGGCUGGGGUGGGUGUGGGGCUGGGUCUGUAUGUGGUUCUGGGGGUGUAUGUGGGGCUGGGGCUGCAUGUGGGACUAGAGCUAUAUGUGGGGCUGGGGCAGCAUGUGGGGCUGGGGCUGUAUGUGGGGCUGGGGUGGGUGGGUGCAGGCUUGCGAAGGGUGAUUCCAAACACAUGCAGAGGGCUUUGUCUGCAAAUACGUGCUGUUAGGCGCUGAGAGAGAGGCGAAGUUCAGCUGAGCUAGGCGUCUUUGAGCCAGCUGGUGAGGAUGAAAUGGGCGGGGUUUCGUCCAGCUAAGGAUGAAAUGGGAGGCACCGGCUUGCAUCCGACUAAGCUAUGCGUUGGUUAUGCCCGCCCAUUUCAGUGGACCUACUCUGAGCAGAGGCAGCAUUGAGCUGAAACCGAAGUGCCUUGUGUUUUCACUGUUUCUUACAUGCUUAUCUUUGGAGCAUGCAGUGGCUAAAAAGUUCGCCUCUCAUGAUGAUUGGGUGCGGGAGGCAGGGACCCUGCUGCAGAAAUAGUAACCUCCGCAACCCGAGAUCACUACACCACUGGAGAUGAGAGUGCACUUGCGCUACAAUCCAGAGGGCCAAACAUACCCCACACCUUUUGUAGAGUGAGGGAAUACAUUAUGUUUUAGUAGUGGUUUGGGACUAGGAAGUUCGGCCCAAGGGUUAAUGGGGAAAGGAGGAUUAUUCUUAAAAAGCAAGACUUAUUGGGGAGUAGACUCCACUGAAUUCAACUGAACUUCCCCAUGAAUGUACAUAGGGUUGAGGUUGCCUGUGCUGUGGUGAAAUAUUUACCCAUUUCCUGAUUCUAAAUUUCUGUUUCCACUUCUUCUGUGCUGAUGUUACACUGAGAGAGAGUCACAAAGUGAGUUUAAUCUCCAAGGGAGGGUCUGCACCCUGAUCUCCCAGGUCACAAUUUGGCAUUCUAACUCCUGCCCUAAAGUGGGUGCCAGUAACAGGACUGAAUGGAGGUGUUUUGUGGUCUUAGAUUCCUUCUACAAAAGGAACCCUAAGAAAGAUUUCUAGUGCCCUUACACUGUGACAUUUUAGGUGUUCAAAAUAAGGGCACUGCACUGUUGUUUUUGGCAACACUGGCAGUGAGCAAAGGUCAGAGUGACAUAUAGCCACCUGAAUAAAGUGGCCACUGAACCCUAACUGCCCGAUAAGAGGACGACUCAUCUGGAGGGUAACGUAGGUCUGCAGCUUGGUCAGCUAGGAUUCACUCUUCCUAACACUUGUAGCUGAUUAAUUUGCUUCAGGAACUGGUGUGAUAAUUAGUAAGCAAGAGAAAAAGGCAUCACUUGGAAAGUCCCCAAUUCAGUACGUACAUUAUUUAAGUGAAUCUGCUAUCUUUCAGGCUUUGGUCACUACUUCCUAUAGGAUUGGGAAUACUAUGCUGGUCUACAUCACAGACUUGUAAGGGCUAAGGUCAUAAGGAGAACCCUGCUGAAUCAGGCCCAGAGCCCAUGUAGCUAAGUGCUCUGUUCCUGCAGGGCCCAACCUCUGCAACCCACACUUUCCAACACUGGCAUUACAGGGUGGUGAAGUAUCUUCUUUGCAUGUAGAAGGUCCUGGGUUCAAUGCCCAGCAUCUGCAGGUAAGGCUGGGAAAAACUUCCUGAUCUCAUCUUCACUUUACAUUUAAAGUAGUAUCAUACAGCUUUCAAUAGUUUUUGCAUCCACACACAAUUUUCAGAGUGACUGCAUUCCCUCUUCCCAGGGAACUCUGGGAAUGGUAAGUCUGUGAGGGGAACAGGGGGUCUCCUAACAACUCACAGCAGCCUUAACAUACUACUGUUCCCAGGAUUCUUUGUAGGAGAAGCCAUGAGGGCAUAAAGAGUAUAAUAGUGCUUCCAAUGUAUAGUGCAGAUGAGGUCCCUGUCUGGGACCCUGGAGAGCUGUUGCUAUAGGUGAAAUUGAACUAGAUGGAACAAGGACGUGACUCAAUGUAAGGCCACUUCUUAUGAUCCUAGGAAGAAGACAUCCAACCACACACACAGGAAUGGCCUUCAAGCUGGGCUGGGGUGCUUGGGCAAGUUGAGGAGGUUUUAAAAAAAAUCUUUCCCCCCCCCUCAAAUUAUUAUGGAACCACAGAGACAAGUAAACUAACAAAAAUUCAAUGCUUUAUCCAACUAAAGACAGGGUAUACAAAACCUAAACAUACUAAAUUGUCUUCCACCUCACAUUUCUCUGGCAAAGCAAUGAGAAUCCUUUGCAAGGGCAUUCAGCUUGACUUGAGGGAUGUCUGUCAGUCUCCUUGGGAACCUAAAUCAGGGCAGAGCCUCUUGCAGCUCAACUUAGCUUGUUUUUCCUACAGCAAAAGACAUUUCCCCAAGCUGCAGCUUCCCCCCGCCCCAAGGCUGAAGGUAAAGUCCUUUGAUUAGCUGAGUUGAUUCUUUUGGAAUGCUUUGGGAACAAAAUUUAGUGUCUGCUUUGCAUGCAGAAGGUCCUAAGUUCAAUCCCUGGUAUCUCCAAGUAGGGCUGGGAAUGCCCCCUGUUUGAAACCCAGGAAAGCUACGGCCAGUCAGUAGACAGUACUGAGCUAGAUACACAAAGGGUCUCGUUUGAUAGAAGGCAGCUUCUUAUGUUCCUGAUCUUUUUCCUUUCAGGCAUGACAUUUCCCUUGGGUGUUCACCUCUCAUGUCUUAUGGUGGUUGGUGGGGAGAAGGCUCUGCCUUGUUUCCAUAACUACCUCCUCCUAAAUCUGUGCCUCCAAAGGAGAGAUUGCCCCACAGUAGAAGAUUCUUCCAGAGCAAGGGGGCUAGAGCUCUUAUCAAGGAAUUAUUAUGGGCAUUGCCAUGUCAGAGGGCCACAAGGAGGGCAUAAGGCAGGGAUGAGGAACCUAUGGCUGGACUCCAGCUUCUGUCAGUCCUUGCCAGCAUGGCUGAAGGCCAGGGACAGUGGGAGUUGUAGUCCAGUAAUUUCCAGAGAGCUGCUGAUGCCCCCCCCCCAUAUCAUGAGCGGACAUGAUGGUGUUGGAGAGUGUCGUCAUUGCCGUGGAACUCUUAAGGGUGGCAAUGGGGGAGGUUAACUGUCUGGACCCCGAGUGAAUGUUGCAAGAAUUCAGUGAGAUAAGCAAGCUGUGAAUACUGAUUGCACAAAAGGAACAAGUGCAGUUGGGUUUAGCAAGGUUGGGGUGCCAUUCAUUGACUUGUUGGCUGUUCCUGUGGUAGUGGAUUCCUGGAUGAGGAGGCAUGUAAAAAUGAACCCUGAUCCAGCAAGGAACAUUGCAUCAUCAUCAUUGGCAAUACAUUGAGGAAUAGGAAAGAUCAUUGGUGUUAGUUUCCAGUUUAGGAAGGAUUUUCAGAAAAAACAGGAAUCUUAAAGAAUUCAGAAGGGCAAACACUGAGGAAAUGCUGGUGUAGGAACUUGGUGAAUUCCUCAAUUGCACCACUACUGCGCUCAGAGCCUAGUUCUUGGCAUAGAACUGAGAAAUACUGUACUGGGAAUAGAUUCAGGUAGGUAGCCAUGUUUGUCUGACGCAGUCGAAAUAUAUAUAAUUUUUUUAAUGUCCAGUAGCACCUUAGAGAACAACUAGGUGUGUAUCUGAAGAAGUGUGCAUGCACAUGAAAGCUUAUACCAAGAACAAACUUAGUUGGUCUCUAAGGUGCUACUGGACAAUUUUUUUAUUAAUAUAUUUGUAUUGGGAAUCUUGGCUUUCACUUAUGAGAGUUUUCACCUAAGGUUGUGCCUUUAUAAAAUUAUUAUCCUUCUAGCCUUGAAGGAUAUGAAGAGAAGCUUGAAAACGUGAUUAAUGCCUGGUAGAAAGUUGAUGCCAAUUUUUAAGGGGGAAAGAACUGCUCUUUUGAGUGCUUUUGGUGUGCAAGUAGGAAAAAUGUCACAAUUCUGAGUAACAGCGUCAAACUUUUAAGCCCUUGGGAAGCCAUCAGAGGCUGCUGUUUUAGGGCAUAUGGGACACUGCCCCAUCAACUUCAGUCUGCCCUUAGCCAACUCCCACCUGCGUCCCUUGUCUAUGCCCACCAGUCCAAGGGGUGGCCCUAGUUUUCCCAUUGUAGAAUUCAGCAGGAAGGAAGAGGAUGGGGACAACACCACCAGACUUUCCUGGCUCUGCCUCCUCCUACUGUUGGGCUUCCAGCCUUCCACCCCACCAGUCCCAAUGGAAACCAGUCAUCACCAGUUCAGUUAAUGUACAAAUGUGGUAGCAGAGAGAUCCUUUGGAAUUCAGUUCUUCAGGCCUUUACCAAGGUGAUGCCCACUCCCUGGUUCACUCUUCUGACUGGCCCUGCCCUGCGCACACCUCAGGUGCUUUUGCUUGUGUGGAAUGUUUUCUUGAACUGUGAUAGUGCCUCUUGCUUCCCUAGAUGGAGAAAAUAGAGAGAGGGGUGUGUGGAAAUCUCUGACUUUUGCAUGGAUGGGAUGUAGCCUCAUGUGCAGAGUCAAAUUUCAGAUGUAUUAAUAAGGCAACCAAAUAUAGGUUGCAGCAUAAAUUAUGCAUAAAGAUUGAACAUAAAAAUAAAAAGUUGACCUGUGCAGAAGGUAAGAGUCGCACUUUGGCCCCUGAUCCCACCCACAACUACUAUGUGGCCCCUGAAAGGUUGCCGACAGGGGAAUGAGGUCCUUUGUCUGAAAAAGUUUCUCAUUCCCUACUUUAGUUUAGAGGGGCCAUGGGAAGAGAGCCUGUGAGAUACAGGAAAAUCCUAUCUUGGCACUGCUGAAGUCCCAGAUUACUUAAGGCAUUUCCGUACUCCAUGCAGUACUUGUCAGUUUAAUCCCUUUCGACCUGUGGAACUUGCACUUUGGCAAGGGCCAUUCGUGUACCAUCUGUCACUAGGGAGUCAUUUCUUUUAGUGUGGCAGCACCCAAACUGUGGAACUCCCUGCCUGUUGACAUUAGGCAGGCACUAUCACUGCUCUUCUAGAUGCCUGCUGAAAACUCUUCUGUUUUAACAAGCCUCCCCAGGCACAUGAUUGAAUUCCUGUUCUUAAAUUGGUUUUAGAUGCUUUGUUAUGCUUUUAGAUGUUUUUAACAGUUUCUCUAUUUUUAUUUAAGUUUUAAUUGUAUUUUUUAUAUAUAUCACACACUUGUUUGCUUCUAUGGCAAGGGGUGUGUGGUGUAUAAAGAAAUAAAUGCUUUGAGGGUCCUGUCAACUCCAAUUCCUGUUUUACUUCCUCUUCUUUAGUUUGCUCUCCCUGCCUCCAAGUUGAACUGAGUAGGCACGUGAGUGGGGUGAGCUGGAUCUAUGUCAUCCCAGAAUGUCACUCUCCCCAGAAGGAGAAGCCAAGCUCACAAUCUGUGUUCCACUCAUUUCUUUUGGGAGCCCCUCUAACAUGCAUGUUGCCACUCAUGGUUUUUCUCCAGCUGGAAUCCUAGAAGAACUGCUUAGAGAUGAUACGGGAUAGAUUUUCGUAUCUUUCACAAGGUCAUGCAGCCAUUCCAGAGGAUUGCUGUUGUGCAAACGCAGAAUUGCCUUUGGAAACCUUAGCUGUUUAAUUCACCCCCCACUGCCCACGCCUUACUUUGCUGAUGCUUCAGGAUGGAAAAGAGAGGGGAGGGGUAAUGACAUGAGAAAACAGAAGCCAACAUUGAAUGGGUGGGAGCUGGAGACCCGACUGGGGCACUUGAACAGCGAUGUCAGACCUACGGCGAACAGAGUACCUUUGGCAGGCAGUCCACGGGUUUGUUUCAUCUGGACCAGCUGUUUGGGGUGCUGUCAGGCAUUUAAAAUGGGCACUUCACCCCUUGGAUAUUUUUGCUUGCUGUUCAGUAUAGCAUGGAGUUUGGGGCUAAGUCUGGAAAUUUAAUGUUUGAAGAUACUUGGCCUUAGUGUUUCUUCGUUUGUUUUAAUCUGCAAGUUUCUAGCUCUCAGGAGUGCAGGGAAGUGGGCUAGGAUGUGUGGUAACUGGUAAGUUUCAGCUACCAGAACAACCCUGAGAUGAGAUACUUCUGAAUGUCUGUAGGGAAAACUACUUCUGUUCAGCAAGGUUUAUUCCCUCUCCCCAAAUUCCUGGCUGUGAAUCUCCCUGUGUCGGGAAAGGGUAAACUGCAAGGGCAGGGCUUGUAUCUUUGCAAUAAUGGAUACCUUUAAUUUUUUCUUUUGUUUACUAGGUUCUAUAAAAGCUUGGGUGCACUAAUUUGGCAGCAGUCUUUUCAGUUUUAGGGACUUUUUAGUUUAGACAAAAAGCAAGUAAGAGAUAAUAUGAUAGAAGUUUAUCAAAUUAGGCAUGGCAUGGAGAAAGUGGAUAGGGAACAGUUUCUCUCCCUCUUGUGAACAUCCGAUGAAGCUGAAUGUUGGAAGACCUUCAGGAAAAGCAAAAGAAAGUACUUUCUCACAUCAUGCACAGUUAAACUACAGAACUCUCCCGCAGGAGGCAGGAAUGGCCACCAACUUGGGUGACUUUAAAAGAGGAUUAGAAAAAUUCAGGGAGGAGAAGGCUAGCGAUGUUUAGUCACCGUGGCUGUGCUCACCAAGUUGGUGGCAGCAGGGCUUCUGAACAACUGUUGCUGGAAGCCACAGGAGGGGAGAGGCCUCUUGUGCUUGGGUUCUGUUGGCUACUGUAAGAACAGAAUGCUGGACUCGCUGGGCCUUUGGCCAGAUCCUGCAGGCUUUUCUUUUCUUCUUAAGAGAGGUUAUAGAAACUAAUAGGAAAAGGAAGGGAUUGUCUCCAACUAAGUUCUGCUUAGAGAAGACCCACAAUGUGUCUACUCCUUUAGUUGUGUGCAUUAAUUUCUUACAACAGCUCUUCCAGGCUGGUUACCCCAAGAGAGACUGGGCAAAGCUCCCCUCGGCAAGCAUUAUGACCUAGUGGGGUGGCCAACAUCCUAAUUACUGACUGGAUUCUAGUUUUUGAAUCCAUUACCCUCUGGUCUUUGGGGAAGGCUGCAACAAAAUCGCCAACCUGCAGUGAAACAUGAUCAUCUUUGUGCUUGCAGAUACAUGUCUUGUUCCCACCCGCUUGCCUCUCUCUGUGAAUGAAGUGAAUGGUUACUUUUCUCUCUGCCCAGGACCAGGCUGGCCUCUCUCUUUGGACAGGAUCAGACAGCUACAGAAUCUGGAAAUGUGCUCUUCCAAUACAUGCCACCCAAGCAGCCUAAAAAAGGUCAACCAGCUACCGGUAAGUAAACUGUUCACAAUGCCUAGGAACAUAAGACGAGCCCUUGUGGACCAGGCCAGUGGCUCAUCUAGUCCAACCUUUGGCUCUGAAGACCCACAGAAUCAACUGGGUUGGUCUGUGGCAACUCCCGAGUAGUGCUGGGGAGAGACCCCUGACCUGGGGCUCCAGAAAGGUGACGGUCUUCUGGAUUCACCACACUGAGGAAGAUGGACCCAGUGGUUUGACGCCAUACAAGGCAACUUCCUGUUUUUCAUUAAUCUGAGCAACUGGCUUGGUCCCAAGACAAGGGAGCUAACUUGGCCUGAUGUUUGCAAGCAAUGCUCUGUUUGCGACAGAGCACUUACCCUUCUCAUGUGCUGCUCCAGCUGCAGGUCUGCCCACCCAGAAGCAUCCUCCUGCAGCUGCUGCUGCUGCACCCACUGCUGUGCCUGCUGCUGCUGCUCCUGCGCCCGCUGCAGCAGUGCAUUCAGUCUUCUUUGCUACAGCUGUUCAUGCAUAUUUGUUGUGAGUACUACAGUAGAGGGGAUGACUGCAGUGUGUUCUUGCUACCCAAGUCCUGUGCUCACAUCUUUUGCAAUCAUCUCUCCAUCUUGCCUGGCUUCUUUGGAAAGAGGUGGAACUGAACAACAGUGGGGGGUGGUCAAUUGGGGCGAAUGGGGCACCGCCAACUCAACCUCAGCCUGCCCUCACCUUCCUUUUUGGUUUUUUUACUUCCAACGAAUCAGGCUGUGGAUAUCAUUGACUCUGGCUCUAUGUGCUGUUGAUUUCCUUGCCUUAUGCCACACCAGUGAAAGCAGGUCCAGUAGGACACCACCCCCUCUUCCUCUUCCCCCUCAGUCUCCAUGCUGCCAUGGUAGAACACAGCAGGAAGGAGGAUGGGGACAGCCCUAGACUUAGCUGGUCCUUCUUGUCGUUGGCUCUGGUGCCACCUAGAGUUGGGCUCCCUGCAUUCACCCCAAUGAGGCACCAGCCAACACUGAACUGAAAUGAGGAUAGAGACCUCCUGGGAUGGGGAGCUUGUGGGCUGAUAAACUGUUGCUGGGGUGCUACCGCCCGCCCCCCACAUCACCCCUCACUUUUGGCCAGAUGGCCUGGGCUGAUGAGAGUUAAACAACCCCUGGGAAGUCUUUGUAAAGAGCUGCUUAAUAUAACCCAUGGGGUUGGCAUGGUGGCAACAAUUGUGGGAAGCUAAGAGGUGUUCUCUUCUCAUUCCAGUACCAAUGGGAAAUAUGUGAAACAUGGCAAGUAUGGAGCAGCUGUAGUGGGCAGCAAUGCAACCAAGGAGGUAAGAGGAGGAGGUGUGGUGUCUUGAAGUAGCCUGGCAUUCUGCCAACCUGCUGUCCUCCAGAUGUUUGGGACUACAGCUGCUGUUGGUCCUAAACAUCUGGAGGAUACCGGGUUGAUGUAGGUUGGGCUGAGGAAAUGCUUCCCUUUGUCUGAAUGCUGGUUUCCUGAUGGUGUCUUACUCUGGAAAAAGCAAAGGUGCUGUUUUGGCUCCUGUCUCUUUCUGCCCAAUCAGCUCACAAGGGUUAUAGCUCCCAUUUUUCUUAUUCUGACCUAACUUCUCUACAAAAAGUAUUCUCAGCAGGGAAGGGGCUGUUGCUCAGUAACACAGCAUCCACUUUGCAGACAGAAGCUCCCAAAUCCAAUCGCUAGCUCUUCUGGGUAGGGCUGGGGACACUGCUGCCGGUCAGAGUAGGCAGUCCUGAGCUAGAGAGACCAGUGGUUUGAUUCAGUCCAAGGCAGCUCCCUGUGCUCUUAUGUGCUCUAGAACCAUGUGGACUAGCAUCUUGACAAAAGAAGGGCCUAGGGGGUAUUGUGUGCGGAGUGGAUAGAGGGAGGUGAGACAGUAACUUUGUCGUGGCUUGAAAAAUCAAUAAACGUUUCCCACCACUCAAAAAAGGAAGGGGGUUUCAGCAGCUUAUGUUGGAAAAGGGAUUCAGUUUUUCCAGCCUCUGUCCUUUUCAGCCCAGUCAGCCAGCUCUUCAGUGGUUUGUUCUGCCCAACUUUGCUGUGAAAGGAUUCACAGGUGUUUUACAAUAAACAGAUAAAAUAUGUCAGGAAACAUAUGCAUUUAUUCCAGGAAGACUCUGGUAUGAUUGCCUUGUCCUACUGUGCUGUUGCAGGUGAGGGUGGUGGGGACAGGAUAAAACACUGGGAUGUCAUUCUCGUUUAGCUGAUUGGGCAGAAAAGGACAGAUCUCACCCCUUGGUUUCUCCGCAGUCCAGGUGUAGGGAGCCUUUGGUUCUCCAGAUGCCGCUGAACGACAGCUCCCAUCACCCCUCUCCACUGGCCAUGCUGGCAAGAGUCAAUGGGUGUUGUAGCUCAGCACCAAAGGCUCCCCACGCCUGCUCCAUUGUAACGAAGUCAUUCCACAUGUAAUUAAGCCAGGCACCUGCAACCAAAGCAAUUCCUACGAUGAACACCUCUGAUGUAUUUGUAUGUUAAUGUGUCAUUUGGGUGUUGGGGUGCUGUGGAAAUGCUACCUGGUAUAAGAAGAGCUCCAGGUGCUUUUGAAAACAGCCAGCCCCAUAGUUUUGGAUUCCUCACUUUUGCUCCUGUUUUCUUCUGUCCAUCUAUCUCUUGUGGAAUCCAGUACAGAGUGCUUCUUUACAUCAGCAAGCAGCAGCAGAUUGCGACUGCCAGCAUCCAUGCCUGGUUUGUAUUCACGGUAAGCUUUGGUAUUAAGACCUGCAAGGACCAUGGCAUAGGCUGAGGUUACACAAUGCAACACAUCUUGCUGAAGCUAAGGAGGUGUGGAGCUGGUUGGCUCCUGGACAGCAGACCUUCUAGGAACCCUGUGGGGCUGCCUUGAGAUCUCUCAUGUAGUAAUAGAAAUCACUCGGCAUAAGCCAAGUAUUGUGCAUCCAGAAGGUCAGCAAAAAUAAUUGAUGCAAAAAAAUCCUGGAAACCUAAUGGUCUGCCUUUUUGCUUAUUUUUUGCAUUUCUAUGCCUCCUUUUUCUCAAGAUGGUAUGUGUGGUUCUCUUUUUGCCUCAUUUAAUCCCCACAAACACCCUGUGGGGGGAGGUGAGAAGCAGUGACUGGCCCAAGGUCACACCCAGCGAUCUUCAUGUUUCAACGGUCCCUCUUCGUACAGAACUGGGGGGGGGGGGGGUUGUAGCCCUGUGGUGAGGGGAGUAGGGGCGUCUCCCAGCAACAUUUCAGCACUCUUUGCAAACUGCAAUUCCCAGGAUUCUUUGCUGGUAUGAUAUUGUUUGAAAUGCACAUUGCAUAUGAGGUCUCAGCUGUGGUCAAUAAAUUUCAGUGGGUCUGCUUUCAAGUAGGGCUAAUGCUUGUUGCAACCCAUUAGAUUUGAGUAGUGUUAGAUCCAGGGGGCCCCUCUAUGGUUAAAACGCUUACCUAGAGGUAACAAAGUAAAGUAGAUGACAUUCUGCCCUCUGUCCUACUGUAGCUUACAUCCCUUGGGGUAGCCCUCCACCCCGAAAUCCUAUAGCAUUUUUCCAUUUCUAAACAUGACACACUACAGACGUUGAUGUUUGUGUGUGUGUGCUCAGAGUAGACUCACUGAAAUUAAUGCACCAAAGUUCAUCAUGUCCAUCCAUUUUCAUGGGUCUGCUCUGAGUAGGGCUAACAUUGGGACACAACCCAAAGUCUUUAGCAAGACCCAUCAGGAAGAAAGUUGCUUUGAGCAGAGGCUGUCUGCUGCUCAGAAUUCCACUUUCUCUUUCCGCAGGUGCAGCCCAACAACUACUGCACAUUUUAUGAUGAUCAGAGGCAGAAUUGGUCCAUCAUGUUUGAAUCAGAAAUGGCGGCUGUGGACUUCAGCAAGCAGGUGCCAGAGGCGUGCACUGCAUUGUGGGGUGGGGGGUGGCUCUCCUGCAGACACUGAACUAGUGUUCGCGGGAGCUCAGCUCUCUUGCAUCAGUCGCCAGAUGCUUUCUCUGCCAACCACUUUGAAGCAUCCAGGGAGGGCAAGGAAUGGUGGUGUAGCCAGUUGGGGCCUUUUCAGGCCCCUGGGGUCUUCAGCCAGUGCUGCGUUGGGCCAGAUUGCAUAGGUGCGGAUGACAAUGGUAGCUAAUAACACAAAUGGCUUGGUUCUUCUUCUUCACAGCUGUGCAUUGCCAAGUAUAACAGCAGCCGUUCUUCUGACUCAGUGCUGUGCCAGGAUCUUGUUCUCGGAGACGGCCAAGGUGUGGAGACUGGAGAUGCCCUGGAGAUCACUUUUACAGGCUGGCUGUUCCAGAACUGUAGUCUUGGGCAGGUGAGACCUGGCAGAGGGGUUGGCUGAUACUGUUUUUAUACUGCGUAUGGGGCACUUCUGUGGCAUCCUCCAGGCGUUGGGGAUGAUGGGAGUUGAAGUCUCUAGCAGCACUUCUUGGCCACAGCUUUCCCACUCCUGGUUUAUAGUUUGCAUACAGCCCUUUUCUCCCACAACCCUGUCUUUUUGCCUUUCAAUAACAUUGCAAGGAAAUUCCUCCUGAAACAGGAGAGGGACUUGAUGAGACUCACCCAGCUUGCUUCACAGCUCAAUGUGCAUUUGACCCCAACCCCAAUGAGCUCUAGCCAGUGCUUUUCCAUGGGGCUUGCAUUGGUUGCUCUCCAGAGGUGGGGCCUUGCCCAACCUUGCUGCCCUUUCUCAACUGGGGAUGCUGGGGAGGGAACUCAGGACCUUCUUCCUGGGAAGCACAUGCUCUUAGGCCCUGAGCUUCACCUGUCUCCAAGGUGUAGAUCCUAUUUCUCAACCUCAUUUUACCCAAUCUGCAACAUGGGAGGCACCCCUAGGUAGGGGAUUCAACAUAGAAAGCUGCCUUGCACUGCAUCAGGCCACAGGUCUAGGUUGGCAUCGCCCACAUUGAUUGGCAGUAGCUCUCCAGGCUUCCAAGCAAAAGCCUUUCCCUGCCUUACUUGGAGACGCCAGUUUUGAACCUGGAACCGGCUGCCUGCAAAACAGGUGCUGUGCCCAAGUUGCGCCCCGUCCUUCGAUACUCAUUGCUGUUGGCUCAGCAACUGGAGUAGCAGAACGUGAACCUAUUGCCUUCCGCGUUAAAAGUAAUUUCACCCCAUUGACCUUCCACUUUUGGAACAGGUUUUUGACUCGAAUGUAAAUAAAGAGAAGCCGCUCCGUCUGAAGCUAGGCUCUGGCAAAGUCAUCAAGGUAAGAUGGCGCUCUCUUCCCACCGCAGUGCAAGGUUUUUUGAGCUCAAACCCUUUUUGAGCUCAAACCCUGAUCAAAUGGCUUCCUCAAGAACGGCAGGCAGGUAGCUGUCCCAGCUUGUCUACGCUUGCCAGGAUCUGCUGGAGUGGGAGGCCCAAACAGGGUCCCUCGAUCCCUACAAAAUUCCUGAUCCUGCCCUACUGGUCAGUCAGGCUUGCCCUUUCUUUACAGGAGGGGUGGGGAACCUCAGGCCCAGCAGGGACUGAAACUGGCCCUCAGGAUUCACCCCAGGCCAUGCCCCUUGCCAAGCCUGCUCUGUGGCCUGGACCAAAACAGUCCUGGACCUCCAAUGUUGCCUCUUGCUGUCCUGGAUGAGAGACAGAGGAGGGAGUGUGAGUGGGUGUCUAAAGUAGCAUAUUGUACAAAGGUAAAAAUUACAUUUGUUGCCCCUCCCACUUUCCCCUCUAGCCCCGCCCACUCCUGGCAUGCUCCUCCCCACCAAGAAGGUUGCCCCAGAGGGAAUGGUUUUCAUCCCUGCUUUAAACUACAGUACUGUCCUCAAGACUGCAAGAGAACUGUCAGUAUUCCUGUGCCCUGCUCUCAACCAGCCUUUACCAACCUGACAAACACACACACAGAUCCUGUGGACUCCAACUCCCAUCAGCCCCAGCCAGCGCAUGCUGAUUGGAGUUGGAGUCCAAGGUGUCUGGACGAUAUCAAGUUGGCGAAGGCUGUGUGGUUCUGGCACUUAGCGAAGGCGGUCACCCAAACUUGUUUUCUGCUUGGUUCUCCAUUUCCGGAACUUGAAGGGCUGGGAAGAUGGAAUGAUUGGCAUGAAGAGAGGAGGGAGGCGGUUCCUCAUCAUCCCACCAGCAUUGGCUUACGGGUCUUCGGGAGAAGCUGAACGCAUUCCUCCGGACUCAACCCUGGCCUUUGAGGUGGAAGUCAAACGGGUGAGUGUGUCUGCCUCCCAAUGUAUUAGCAACCAAGAGAACCUCAGAAGGUUGUUGGGUGGUCAGUCUACUGCCUGGAUAAGGUUCUACAAAUGGAGGCAGUGGUUGCCUUGACCAGACUCCAUGAUGCCCCUCUUUUGCUCCCUUAGGUGAGGUUUGCAAAGGGCGCUGACUCCGCCGGACAGAACCUGGGCCCCAGGGACUCCCUCACACCUUCACCAGCGCCGCAAUCAGAAAGCCCCACUACAGACCCAGCAUGGCUGACUCCUCCUACUCCCGCUCCAAAGCCAGGGUGAGAAAUAAAUUGAGGGUGCUCUUAGCUUUUAAGCCUUCCAUUCUCCCAGCUGUCGCAUCCUAACUCUGCAGUAAACAGGUUGCCACCUCUGUGUUUGAGGCUUUUGGCCUUCACCUCAGCUGCAUAACUCAGACUCCAUCUGCACUGUACCACCUUGGGAUCUACGGAUGAAGUCCAGUAUACAAAUUCAAUAAAUCACAAUAAAUCAUAUGUUCCAAAUAGCGCCAUGCCAUUUUCAACAGCUGUGGCUUCCUCCAAAGAAUCCUGAGGCCACCUUGUCUCAUAGACAACUUGGCAGGGGCCACAUUCCAGGGUUGGGCUGGGCUGGGGCUCCAGUGGACAGAGCAACAGAUGCUGCUCCUGCCUUCUGUGCAGCCAGAAAAUACACCAUGUGGGGCUUCUUUCUGCACACACCUCUCCCUGUCCAGGGAAGCAAGGUGCACUGUCACAGUUCAAGGACACAUUCCAGCCAGGCUAAAGCUCCCUUGGGGAGGUCAUGAGGUGGGGUUGGUGAGGGGCUUGGCCGAGGCAGAGUCCCAAAGGCCAGUUGAGUAUCCUACCCCUUAAUAGACUCUUCCUACUAUGCUCAGGUUUGUUAACUCCCUUCCUUCCAUACUGCAGGGAGCCAGCUGUGCGUGCCAAAUCAAGCUCUAUUAGCGAACAACUAGCGGUAAGUCCCCAUUGGAGCCAAAUCUGCCUAUUGAUUGUAUAGUUCCUGUUGAAUGUGACCAAAGCAAUGAGAAGUAACUUGGUCCUCUCAUAGAGAGAGGGAUCCUUAUUGGUGAGCAUUUUUUGAGAAACUCAGGUUACAUUUCCCUGUUGAUCCUGUGAUAUAUUUUUUUAAAUAAAAGCUCCCACGUAAUAAAGAUACAGUAUUUUUCCGUCUAUAAGACGCUCCCAUGUAUAAGACGCCCCCUAUUUUUAUGGACUUGGAUUUAAGAAAAUGGGGGAAGAUGUAUCUGUGUAUAAGAUCCCCCCUAAUUUUUGACAUGAUUUUUAAGAGAAAAAACCUAGUCUUAUACACGGAAAAAUACGGCGUGUCACAGGAAAAGCAUAUCACCUGUGACUACAAGUAAUUAACAUUUGAUAUUGUGCUUGCAUAGACUUCUAAGAUGGGUUUCUAAGCGGGUUUUUAAAAAUAAUAAUAAUAAUAAUAAUGCAGUUUUAAGGUUCUUUCAUUAAUAGUUUUAGAGUGAAAAUGUAGCAAGGAAAUGGUGUGUUCAUGAGGACCCCCCACACACAUUGGAAGGUUCUAUAAAUGUAAUCCCCCCCAUGGGUGUGCAUGUUUACAACAUCUUAGUUGAUUAUCUGUGUAUUUUAUUCCUGUUUUCUAUCAGAGGGCAUGCUGGCUGGGGGCUGAUGGGAGUUGUAGUCCAUUACACCUAUAGGGCCCCAGGUUGGUGAAGGUUGCUGUGCCCUUUCCUAUAAUAAUUUUUAUAAAGUUUUCUAUUUUGCAUUUCAAAAUAAACAUUUUACAAACUGUAAAAUAUCCAGUCACUUCCCUUCUUCUCCUUCCAUGGUUCAUUUUAUAUAUUAUACAUUCCUGCAUAUUUUAGUAAACCAUUCAAAUCAGUUUUCCACUUUUACACCAUCAAAAAUUAUUUACUCUGUUGAAUUUAUCUCAGUUCUGCCAUCAUUUUCAGCUGGUUGAUAUGCCCUUAACUAAGGCCUAAGUACUGAGCAUCUGACAUGCAUUGUCAGGCACACAAAGGAAGCCACAGGGCAGGGUGGGGGGUGGGAGAAGGACAAACCAGCUGCUUUCUCUUAGGGGAUCUUGCUUGGGCUCUGGUCCCCUUGGCUUAAUCCUGCCCAGGGGAUGUGACAGCCCUCACCACCAUUUUGAAAUCCAACUGUUAGGCUUUGAAAGGGUUUGAGAGGUUGUUUUACUGGAUGCAUCCCAUGAUAUGGGAAGAGGAAUCUCUCUCUUUUUUAAAGAAACCAUGAAGAUAUCUAAUGCAGGAAGAUUGGAAAUCUAAAUCCCCGCUCUACGCGGGGCUGCCCUUGAAGCUGUCCCAGAAACUCCAGCGGGUACAGAAUGCUGCAGCGAGGCUCCUCACGGGGUCUUUGCCAUGGGAGCAUAUUUACCCAGUGCUUUUCAAGCUGCACUGCUCCCGGUGGAGUACAGGGUCAGAUUUAAGGUGCUGCUUUUGACCUUUAAAGCCCUUCAUGGCCUAGGACCCUCGUACCUACGGGACCGCCUCUCCUGGUAUGCCCCAGGGAGAGCCUCAAGGUCCAUAAAUAACAACACCCUAGUGGUCCCAGGCCCUAAGGAAGUUAGAUUGGCUUAAACCAGAGCCAGGGCCUUUUCAACUCUGGCUCCGGCCUGGUGGAACGCUCUGCCUCAUGAGACCAGGGCCCUGCAGGAUCUGAUUUCUUUCCGCAGGGCCUGUAAGACAGAGUUGUUCCACCUGGCCUUUGGCUUGGAGCCAAUUUGAUUCCCUCCCUCCCUCUCUUUCUUUUUUCUUUUCCUUCUCCUGCUGCAAUGAGGCUACAUUUUAAUAUUUUAAUGUUUCAUUAUUUUAAUGUUGUAUUUUAUUUUUGUUUUUAAGUUGUAAUCAUUCCUCUUGUUUUUAUUAUUGCUUGUAAGCCGCUCUGAGCCCGGCCUUGGCUGGGGAGGGCGUGGUAUAAAUAAAUUAUUAUUAUUAUUAUUAUUAUUAUUAUUAUUAUUAUUAUUAUUAUUAAAUGCAAUAUAAGCUGUUGUAUAAGCUUGUAAACCACUUUUAUUUUCCUUAGCUGGGCAAUGAGGUCACUUUGGCUUGGGGAGUUGUAGCCGACAACAUCUAGAUGGAAGGUCCCCUCAAUCACCCUCCCUGUUUUAUAGCCUGAUGUCAUAUUCUGACAAACAAUAACUACGUUUCUGAAAAGCCUGGAUGGCCAAUUAUAACAUCGAUUUCUCUUCCUUUCUCUUCUCGCCCCCCUUUCUCUUUCCUUGGACAGAAUCCUGAUGUAACAAAAGUGAAACUGAUUUCCCGUAUGGCGAAGAUGGGUCAGCCUAUGCUACCUGUCCCCACCAGCACAUUUGCACCCCAGCAAGGCUCAGCUGACAAGGAGGUAGAGGUGUGUUAGCUUCAAUUCUCAGCUUUUUUUCAGUGGGGUUUGUGUGUGUUGGCGGUUGCUGAAAUUCAGGUAGGUUGGCAGCAUGACGGUUGACGAACAUAGCAAGCUGCCUUAUACCAAGUGAGACUGCUCAUCCACCUAGCUCCCUACUGUCUACACUGACUGGCAGUGAAGGAGGGGAGGGCCCUUUUUUUUAUUUAAUUACAAACCUACCUGGUUCUCCAGGGUUUCAGACAGGGGGCAUUCCCUGCCUACCGGGUAUCAAACCUGGGGCCUUUUGCAUGAAACUGAGAGUCUUGCCCUCCCUAGAUCUAGUAUUCACCCCAAACUGGUUUUGGGUUUGAAUCUUAAUUUGAGGGAAAGCCUUGUAAGGAUCAGCAAUCAUUUUAUUUGUAUGUCGCAUUUCCCAAGUUAAAACAAUGCUCAAAGCGGCUUACAACGUAUUAAAAAAAACCCCAUAGCUACAAAUGUUCUGGCAUGCCUCUCUCUCGUUAAUGUGGGAUUUGAAGCCUCCAGGGUCCCUUUCCACUUCCCAGGAGGGUUAAUUGUGCAUUGUCUUCUUCAGGAGCCGCAUGCCAUUCAAGAAUUUUCAACCUUCUGUCCGAACGACUACCGUCCAAUGGCCCCUCCUCAGUGGGCAACGCAAGGUAAAAAGUGUGUUCCCUUGUUGUGCCUUGGUGAUGGUCACCAACUAGGGUGUUCAUGGAGGAUGGUCACCAACUAGGCAAGUUCAUGGAGGAGAGGACUGUCAAUGGCCACUGGCACUGUGGCUGCGCCCUCCCUCCACGGCUGGAGGAAAGAAUGCUUCUGAAUGCCAGUGGCUGGAAACCGCAGGAGGGGAGAGGGCUGUUUGCAGGCUUCCCAUGGGGGCACCUGGUUGGUCACUGUGAGAAGAGGGUGCCAGAUUAGAUGGGCCACUGGCCUGAUCUGGCAGGGUUCUUCUUGAGUGCAGUGGCUCUACUCAGUAGAAUUUAGUUGGACACAACCCAGAAGCCAGCAUGAUGAUUGUGCAUGGAAAGCGGAGGAAAUCUGGAUGUGUGGGGAUGGGGGAGCAGUGUCCUUCAUUUGCUGUAGAUCAGCUUGAGCAGAGUCUGCAUCUGUCACUGGCAUUGUGUUUAGAUGCUUGAAUUGAUCUGUUUGUGUGCUUACUCCUCUGGGUUCCUUUGGGUGGAAAUAGAGACAAACAUUUUGAUGAUGAUGAUGAUGAUGAUGAUGGACUGCUUGUAUUGAGAUGGGCAACACUGAUGCCUCUGCUUUCUUCCUAGCUCCUCAUCCAGCUGUCUCAGGGCUCCAGGCGCCUGCUGCCCCCCAGCCACACCCACCCCUUCCAAGAACCCCUCAAAACUAUCAGGUAAGGAGUCCUUUGUAGGCAGGGAAAGGUUCUUUAAUAGGUUGCCAGGUGAGCCACAACACCAUCCUCUGUUCCCCGGUUUGCUCAAGACAGGGGCAUGUGACUAGCAGGCUAGACUAAGUUUCCUCAUCCUUUUCUGUCAGUGUCAGGUCUUCAUUUGCAAAAUAGGGAGGGUGAAGCAUAACCAUGAAGGUAAUAGCCCUUCAGUGCAAAUCCCAAAAGCGCUAGAUUAAGAGCUAGCAGCAUUCAUAGCCUUGGGUUGGAGGGAAGCAGUUUGUUACCUCGGCAGUGCUGAGGUAGUUUCCACCAAAUCCAGUGGGGAUCUUCUAUAUAUUGGGUGAUCUUUAGAAGAAUGUAAGAAGAACCUCUGCUGGAUCAGGCCAACGGCCUAUCUUGGCCAGCAUCCUGUUCACAUGGGGGCACCUGUUCUCAGUGGCUACCUGGAUGCCCCAGUGCAAAGUGCACAAACAGUGCCUGCGUGCAAGAGCUCUUUCCCCUCCCCCAGUUUCCAGCAACUGGCAUUCAGAAGCAUUCCUUCUUCCAGCCAUUAGCUGUCGAGGCCAGUAGCCAUCAAUAGGCGCCUCCCCCAUGGAUCUGCCCAAUCCUCUUUUAAAGCUGUCCAAAUGGUUGUCCAUCAUUGCCUUUUGCAGGAGAAGAUCCCUUGCAGUCCUUGGCCUUUGGGUCAUCUAGCCCUUGAGAGCAGGCUUAAGCAAUCCUGCUGUUUUAAUGGGGGACCUUUUUGCCGUCUGUUUGGUCAGUGUGACAAGUCACCUGACUCUCCUUUCCCUCCCCCACCUGUGUUCUCAGCCUUAUGCAGGGAUGCCAUAUGCUUACCCACAAGUGAGUGCCGCAGUUUCCCAGCUCCAGCCUGUUGGGUUGUGCCCAGCUCCUUUCCAAGGUAUGUUCAAACUGUGCACUAUGUAGCUUUGGGAGCUGCUUUCAAACAUUAACUUUUUUAAAAAAGCAAAACCCUUUAUUAACAUUGUUGACAACCCAAAAGUCUGGUAGCAGGCUUGCCAUAUAUGAAGAAAGCAAACAGAAAAUAAUAAGAGAAAGAAAUGGUGACACACCAGUAUUAAUUAAGACACCCAUAUUUCCCAAACUGGUACGGAUAGUGAAUGUUGAGCAUCUACCUCUGUAGCCCAGGAAAUGAAAUCCUACCUGUUGAGCAUUAACUCAGUGAAAGUUAGAAAUUCCCCCGUUCAGAGCGUCACAGCCUACUGGAUCAGGCCAGUGACCCAUGUAGUCCAGCAUUUUCUUCUUACAGUGGCCAACCAAAUGCCUGUGGGAAACCUAAAAGCAGGAUCUGAGCACCUUUCCCUUCCUCUGCUUUUCAGCAGCUGGUAUUCAGAAGCAUUUAUUGCCCUCAAUUGUGAAGUCAGAACAUGGACAUCAUGGCUAGUUGCCAUCAAUAGCCUUCUCCUCCUCCAUGAAUUUGUCCAAUCCUCUUUUAAAGCCAUCCAAGUUGGUGGUCAUCACUGCCUCCCGCAGAAGAGAGUUGCUUGGUUUAAGUCUGCACUGUGUGAAGAAGCAUUUCCUUUUGCCUUAUUCCAGCCAUUUAAAAGCUGGGAAUAGGCAGCUAAGUUGCCUUAAAGUCCCCCACCCUAGAAGAUUCACGGCUGCUUGUUAAGAUGCUCAAGGACGACUGUGUUCUUUUCUCCCUGCCCUUUCUUAUUGGUGUGACCCCUCUCUUCCCGCCCUGUCCACUUCUACAGUGGUACCUCGGGUUAAGUACUUAAUUCGUUCCGGAGGUCCGUUCUUAACCUGAAACUGUUCUUAACCUGAAACACCACUUUAGCUAAUGGGGCCUCCAGCUGCUGCUGCGCGAUUUCUGUUCUCAUCCUGAAGCAAAGUUCUUAACCCGAGGUACUAUUUCUGGGUUAGCAGAGUCUGUAAGCUGAAGCCUAUGUAACCCAAGGCACCACUGUAUUUGCUUCUGCUGGCAGUCUCAUUUUGAAACAAGAAUAACAUACACAACCUUGCAAAGUUUUUUUUCCUGUCACAGCAGCUGGAGACCUUGGUUCAUUCCUGCUGACAGAGACCCGGCAGCAGAACACAGAAAUCCGCCUGGCCGUUGGGAAGGUGGCUGACAAGAUGGACCAACUGUCAGUCAAGGUAAUACAGAACUUUCAAGGUAAAGGUAAAGGGGCCCCUGACCAUUAGGUCCAGUCAUGACUGACUCUGAGGUUGCGGCGCUCAUCUCGCUUUAUUGGCUGAGGGAGCUUCCGGGUCAUGUGGCCAGCAUGACUAAGCCACUUCUGGUGAACCAGAGCAGUGCACGGAAAUGCUGUUUACCUUCCCGACGGAGCGGUACCUAUUUAUCUACUUGCACUUUGACAUGCUUUCGAACUGCUAGGUUGACAGGAGCAGUCACCGAGCGGCGGGAGCUCACCCCGUCGUGGGGAUUCGAACUGCCGACCUUCUGAUCGGCAAGUCCUAGGCUCUGUGGUUUUAACCCACAGCGCCACCCUUUGGUUUUGUAUUGUUGAUUAUUUUAUUUCAUAAAAAAACUCAAAGCACUUUACAAAAAGAAUAAAACAAUAGAAUUAUUAGUAAAAACGAUUUAAAUAUUCAAAAAAUUAAAACCAGCGAUAAACUAGAAACCUAUCAGCAUUCUAGAGAUCUAAAGAAGCAUGUGCCGAAAAGGGUACAGGCAGUUCCCCAUUUACACGGGGUUUGCGUUCUGAGGCACUGUGCAUGUCAGCCUGCCCCGCACCCCUGAGGGCCAAAACUGGUGCGCCCACAGAUGGGGAGUUGCCUGUACAGUGAAGGUGCCUGCCUGAUAUUGAUCAUUGUUCAACUGUUUUAAGGCUUUUAAACAAUUUUGGCGUUUUAUGUUCAUUGUAUAAUACAUAUAUCAGGCAGUAUAUACAUUUUCUGAAAUAAUAAAUCAAUCUACCUUCAGGUUUUGCUUCUGUUUCAUACUGUUUGGAGAACUGUAUCUAGCUGCUUUUAUAGUAGGCUUGUGAAUUGUCUUUUUAAUCUCUGAUGGGGGGGGGGGAGGUUUGGGACUAGGGAAGCUGUUUCAGCUAGGCGACACCCCAGUCUGAAAACCCAGGGAGAUGCUGCCCGCCAGUGUUGACAGCACUGAGCUAGAUGGAGCCAGUGGUCUGAUACUGAGCCAGGUUGCUGUGCUCCCAGCAGUUUCUCUCCUUGGCAAACAAGUGAGCAGCUCAAAGGGCCCAGGCCUGAUCUGGCUUCUUCUCUCCCGUGUGCUGAUGCUUCAAGCUGCACCUCCUUUUUGUUUUUCCUUUCUCUCCCCACACCCCUUGCAGCUGGAGGAACUGCGGAAGCAAAACUCUGGCCCCGGUUUGCUGCCAGGCAUCUCUUCUGUUACCAUGGAAACCUCUAUGAUCAUGAGUAACAUCCAGCGUAUCCUGCAGGUAAAGAGCCUGUCUACUUGAGAGCAAGAAGACUAGAACACCUUGCUUUUACCUUCAGGUGAAGGGUCACAGCCAAGCAGCAGAGCAUGUGAUUCGCAGGCAACAGGUCCUGGGUACAGUCCCCAAUGGUGUCUCCUGGCAGGGCUGAGAGAGACCCCGUGCCUGAAACCCUGGAGGAGACGCUGCCAGUCAGUGGGGAGCCUUGGGCACAAAUGCUGCCCUGUCCUUCCCUGUUCCUGCUCUGCACCUUCCUUGAGUUCUUUUGGCCAGCUGGAAGUGUCUUUGUUCCUAUCCUGGAUGUGGAGCAAUCGGUGUAGAGACUUCUAGUCUCCUGUAUUAUAGCCACAUCUGUUGCUCCACCCACUUUUGUCCCUAGCCCCGCCCACACCUGGACAGUUGAUCCAGAGGCAAGGCAGCCUUUGGACUGGCAGAGGUUCUUUGCCCCUGUUGUAGGCUGCAUUGAGCUAGAUACACGCAACUAUCUGGCUUGAGCUAAGAGAGCUUCCUCUGUUCCAGUUCCUCUAAGGCUCCACUAGCAAUUGGGCUUUUAGUAUUGCAGCUCCAGACAUCCAGAAUGAGUUUGCAGCCCAAAUCAGACCAGGGCCUAGUGUGACGCGGUUCAGAUGCCUCUUGAAAGCAUGCUUGCUUUGGAGGGCUUUCCAUCCUGAGAUGUCACUUAUGAAGAUCAAGUUUUAUACCUGCUGAAAUGGUGUUGUUUUUUAAAGUUGAGUAGAAUAGAUGGACUUAUUGUAUCAGAGUUUGUGAAACUGAUUUUAUUCAUUCUCAGAGCUUGGAUUUCUGUGUUGUAUUUUGCUUUUACCAUGUAUCUUGCUUCCAUGGCUUCAUGCAGUACAGCUGUCUCGCAAUUUGCUUACUAAAUAAAGUUUACUUAGGAGGCUUGCAAAAGGGGAGCAGCUCCAAACUGCCCAUGUUCUGUCCAUGACCAUGGCGGAAGACCACAACGAUUUCUCUCCUCAAAUCUGGGUCCCCGAGAGAGGUUGGGGAAGAGAUUGUGGCUGGAGAUUGUGAGAGUUGUAGAGGCCAGGACUGGCUCUGACGCAUUCCGUUUUGCUCUUUGUGCCACAGGAAAAUGAGAGGUUGAAACAGGAGAUCGUUGAGAAGAGCAGCCGCAUUGAGGAGCAGAACAAGAAGAUUGGUGAACUGAUUGACCGCAACCAACGGUGAGGGAGACUCUUGCUCACUUUUAAUGCUCUAUGAGAAACAGCUGGUAUUUGUGGCUGAAGCCUAAAGCUCAGGUGGCCUGGCUCAGUCCCCAGGCACCCCAAGGCUGCUGCCAGUCAAAGUGGACAGUACUGGGCUGGAUGGACAAAUAGAGGAAUACAGGAAUAUAGCCAGUGUGGAGUAGCAGUUAAGAGGGUCUGUCAGAGUAAGAUCUGGGAGACCAGGGUUCCAAUCUGAUAUAAAGGUAAAAACUCUCCUAGGGUGGCUUUUGAAAAGUGAGCUCUACAUAUGAUAUGCCUUGAUUUAUUUAUUUUUACAUGAGAGGGUGGAAAGUAUCAAAUCAUGCAAACAUUCACGUGUGUAAAAAACAAUUCUUCCCCCAGCUAUGUGGAGCAAAGCAACCUGUUAUCUGAGCAGAGCAACAGCUCAUUGCAGAGGACCAUGGAGCACACCCAGGCAAGGGUCCUACAUGCUGAACAGGAGAAGGUAAGCCCUGGCAGUGUGACAGCCACAACAGGAAGGCCAAGUGACUGAGGCUGUGGUGAGGGCAAGUGCUACCCCAGGAUCCCAUCCUUGAGUUCACAAUCACUAGUGCAGGUCACUAUUCCCCUUUGCUUGCAGGCCAGAAAUAAGUUACGUUUCUGAGCAGCAGCAAUAACAAAAUACAGUGCUACCUUGGGUUACAUACACUUCAAGUUACACGCGCUUCAGGUUACAGACUCCGCUAACCCAGAAAUAUUACCUCGGGUUAAGAACACAGGAUGAGAACACAAAUCGUGCAGUAGCGGCGCGGCGGUGGCAGCAGCAGGAGGCCCCAUUAGCUAAAGUGGUUCUUCAGGUUAAGAACAGUUUUAGGUUAAGAGCAAACCUCAUGAACAAAUUAAGUACUUAACCCGAGGUACCACUGUAGAAGAAACGACUUUCUAGGUAUACAUGCAUGUACACAUAAGCUUCAGGUAAUCCUUUGAAAAGCACCUCAGGUUGAAUAUGAGAGAACAACAGAAUGUCCCUUUAAAAUCUAACAGAGUGGUUAAGGAAAAAAAUGCACCACAUUGGGCUACAGUAAGAUCUCAUUGGCUGCAUUCACAUGCCAUGCUAAACUGUGGGUUGGCAUGACGUGAGCAAGUACAGUGAACAUCCCCCUCACUUCCUCCUAUGCAACCAAGAAGAAGGGUGUGAGAGUUUCCACUUCUAGGUAACUGCUGCUUCCUCUGUUGUCUGGACUGAGAACAGCCAUUAAUAUUAAGUAGAAUUAGUUUCUGAAGUUAGCUUAUUGAAACAAACAUUUGAAGUUGGUGUGUUUGAUAUUAACCAUAGUUGAUGUUAGCUGCAAACCAUGGCUGGGCAUAAGUGUCAGGGUUCCUGGUCGCAUGAGAGGAGGAGAUGUAAGGGGAGAGGAUGCAAGUCCAGGUUUGCUGUGGCCUGUUCUUCCUUGGGCAUCAGCGUGCAAACCCCGCCAUUAAGGGAUCUUCCAUGCAUCUUACUCUGAGCCCGCUGGGAUUUUCAGUGAUAUAAUCAGCCCUUGGACCACAGAAUAAGCAGAGUGCUCUUAACCCAGAAUGCCAUUGCCUCUUUUGAUAAAACUUUCUCCCCUCUUGCUGUUCUUGCUUCUGGUGGUGUUAACUCUCCUCUCCUUGUUGCCGCUUUUCUCUCUAGCACAUGCCGCCACUGGAUCAGGGGUGGGAUCAGGUGAGGCAUUGUUCUUGGGUGUCCUGAUUACCUGAGCACUUCCUUACUCCCUUCAUACUUUCCAGGUCACCAUUUCAUACUUUUAGCAGUCAAAAACCCCACGCCUUCUGCAGGUGUCUCUCGUUGCGAAGCCUCUCUGUGCUUUGCCAUCCCUGCUUCAGUGACAAUGGGUUUUUCUAAAUCAGGGGUGGGGGGACUCCAGGCCCCUGGACCAAAGGCCACCUUCCUGGCUUAUGUUUCUGGCCCUCAAAACUCCUUCCAAGCCACGCACCCUCACCAGUCCUACAUUGCACCCUCCUUGAGUGCUUUUGCCUGGCUGGAUCAGGCCCAAAGCCCGUCUUAUUCUCAUAACCAGAUGUCCCAAAAGGGAAUCCUACAAGCAGGAUCUGCGCUCACCCCACUUGCAGUUCCCAGGAACAGCAUGCUGCCUCCAACGGUGGAGGCAUUUCCUGCUCCAUUGCUAAAGCCAUCCAACUUGGUGGCCUUCAUUCCAUCUUGUGGGAGAAAGCUCUGCUGUGUGAAGAUGUCCUUUCUUUUGUCUGUCCUGAAUUUUCUGGGGAAAUCUUAUCUGCUCUCCAUUUUAUGCACCUUUGUCGUGCAUGCUUUCUCCUGAACUAACUAAAAAGCCCAAGGUUUCUGCCUCCCCCCGCUCCUCAUAGCCUUGCCAGUAGACCAGUUCUGCAGGGUGUUUCCCGAGAGACUCAUUCUUAGCAUUUGGGAGCCUCCAAAAGCACAGCUCUUGCAUCCUCCCAGGAAAGGUCUUGUGGGCACUCCUUCCCCAUAUGUUCUUCUGUCUCUUCUGCUCCUUUGUGUUGCAGGUCAGGGUCACCAAGGAGCUAGCGGAAGCCACAGUGCAGAUCUCCCAGCUCCAGCUGGAGCUGACCCGUCAUCAGAAGCAGGAGAUAGAUCUCCACUCCCAACUGAAUGAAGCCCUGACAGAGUCGGAGAGGCAGAAAGCCCAGGUCAACCGACUCCAUGCACAGCUGGCAGGUAAGGGAAGCUGAGAGGAGGCGCUGAAAUGGCAGAAGAGCACGAUCCAAGCACAUGCAGAGUAGUUUUAUCAUUCUAGGAAAUUCUUUAGCUUGCUGGUAGGGAGCCUGUGGCCCUCAAAGUAUUACUGGCCUUCACCUCCCAUGAGCCCCAGCAAGCAUAGCCAGGGAUGAUGGGCGUUGGAGUCCAGCAACCUCUGGAGGUCCUGCUCCUUAGGGCCUCCUGCAGUGUAGCUGUUAAAAAGCAGACACACAAUCUCCAAAAACACUCUUGACUUUAAUUCCAUCUGUUUAAAAAAGGCAAGCUUCUGAUCUCUACAAACUUGAUUGACUGUAUUUCUAUGCUGCUUUUUGUUGAAAUGAAUCUCCAGCUUACAAACAAUAAGUAACAUUAACAUAAUGUAACAUAAUAGAAAAUGGGUUUGUACAGAUUCUGCACCUUCCUUGCCCUGCAUGCAAGAGCAGAGCAGUGUAAGAGUGAGAAGAAACAUGUGAUAUGUCUAUAAACGCCAUGAUCAUCACAAUUAUAACAAAUAAAGGCUUGACAUAUCUCGCUUUGCAUGUCAUUAGUUAUCUCAUAUAUUAGUUUCACCUUUUAAGUUGAAUUACUGAAAUAAAUGAACUUUUCCAUGAUAUUCUAAUUUUUCAAGUUUCACCUGUAUGUCUUUAAAGUUACAUGGAGGCCCCAUCCACACUAUACAGCGUUAUCAUGCCACUACAGUCAGUCAUGGCUUUCUCCCAAAGAAUCCUGGGAAGUGUGGUUUGUUCCAGCUGCCAAUAGUUGUGUUGAAGUAGAGAGCCCUGCUUAAGUGGCCAUUUCCAGCAUAGUUUAACAGCCUGGGAAUUGUAGCUGGGGGUGGUGGCAGACCGGGGGUCCCACCACCUCUCAGCACCCUUAAGAGAAUGUUCUCGGUUCCCAGAAUGUUUUGUGGGAAGCUGUGAGUGUUUGACGCAUAUAGUGCAGAUGGCGCUGUACUUAGGCUUAGCUACAGCAGUGGAUGGAAACAAGGGCAUGCACUGUAACCGGCUCUGUGCCCCACCUCCACAGAACUUCAGAAAUCGUCUGACGACAUGAAAAGCAGAUACCAGGAGGAGAAGCUGAGUGGGAAGAAGUUGGAUGAGAAGGUGACAGCCCUGGAAGAGGAGCUGGCUGAUAUCCGCAUUAAGAAGGAGAAUCUGGAGAAGGUAGUGCCCAGGGGUGGCAAAAGUCAUCACCCGAGGCCAGAAGUGGCUCCCUGGAAAACUCUCUCUGACCCUUAGGAUUCUCCCAGUGCCACACCCCUCUCCUUCCCCCCCCCAGCUUUGCACCCUUGACUGUUCUUUGCCUCCCUGGAAGAUGAUGAUGAUGAUAAUAAUAAUAAUGAUGAUGAUGAAAUAAUUUAUACCCCGCCCAUCUGGCUGGGCUUCUUUCAUUCUUAAAUGGAGGAUUGAAAGGGACAAGUGGGGAAAUUAACGUAUGUUGCUCCAUCUACUUUUACUCUUGGCAGGCGGCCCCCAAGAGGUCAGUCGGUGGAGUCUAGUCUAUUAGGCAAACAGGGCACUGCCCUCAUCCAGCCACCACUUGCUUGCCUUCUUCCUUACAGCCAAUCAGGAUGUGGCUCUGCCUGUCAUUGGGCUCCUUUUCUUCUGCCCCACCCACCUCAAUGGGCAGGAGCCACCUGUCCUUGGAACACCUCUGCUCACUCUGCUGGGUUUUCAUGUCUGCCAUAGGCCUCUCUGCUUACUGUUUAUUACAAGGGCUCCUGAACUGUGGUCUGCGGACCGCCACUUAGUUAAUGCUGGUUUUCUUCUAGCUUUCCCUGCUUAAAACCACAAGAAGCUCAGAGAACGAGAAGCUGUCACCACAGCAGGAACAGCCAGAGCCUGUGAAAGGCAAGGUCAGUGGGGCUCUCUUAAAACGUCUUGAUGGAGGGUCUGCGGUUCUAACGUGUCCCACAGGCUUGUUACACAUCUGUGCUGUGAGCCAGUGUGAUGCUGUGUAGUAAUGCAGAGACUGAACUACUUGAUGCAAAUAUAUAGAGAGCUUAGCGUUAGCUGAAAAAGCAACUCAUAAAUUACAUGUUGUCAAAGGCUGGAGGACCCUGAAAAAUUCUAUGCAGGCAGCUGGGUGGGAUUUUACCUUGUAUACAAUCUGUAGAGAAAGACACUGGACUCCCUGUCCAUAGUACAGUGUGAAAUGUGGCUUGCCUAAUUAGUCCCAAACUUUUGGAAGGGCACCAGGUUGGCAGAGGCAAUAGCAGUUAACAAUAGUUUAAAACAGUUUACAGUCUCACAAAUAAGGUAUCUCCUAAAAAUACACACAGAUGUGUUCCUCUCUCUGUAACAAACCCUGAAGUGCUCUUGAAAUAAGAAGUGUUAAGGAAAGCGGCGGGGGGCAAGCAGUAAAGAGAAAUCUUAGUCACAUUCAGCAAAAGCAAUGGUAAACCACACUUCUGUAACUUCAAUCAGGAGUUCUUACCUGUUAGUCUGAACAGCACUAUACAAUGUCAUCCAUCUCUUGGCACGUGGAUGCUAUCCAGAUAAUGUAUGUUGGUUGUAAAAUAAAUGAAUAAAUGAAAUCAUCACCACAUUUGGCUGUCCAGAAGCUCUUGAAAGCCCACUGUCCUUGCUGGUGUUGCUUCCCUGCCUUCUGACUCUUUGGCAUCAUUCUGCCCCAGGUGAAGAAGAUCAUGAACGAGGUCUUCCAGGCCCUGCGGGGCCAGUUCAACUUAGAGGAGUCCUAUACCGGCCAGGAGGUCCUGGGUAUCGUCCUGAACGCCAUCAAGGUACAGCCCAGGGCAGAUGGAUCCUGACACCUGAAUAAGAUGCAGAUUGAGUGAACUGGUCUAUCAUUUCUCUUCCUUUUUGUAUGGUUCCAAAUGUCAUGAGUUUGGGUGCCAGAGUUUUGGGUGCAAGAUGCCCAUAACUACUGGGUUUAGUAAGUGUUAGAAUUUAAUCACUGCUUGGAGAGUGAAACUGAAAGUCAGACGCUUAACAGCUGGACUCAGCUUCCUGUGUUGAGGAGAUCGCUUGAGAGGUGGGCCAUUAGAGAACUGAUGAUGAUGAUGAUGAUGAUGAUGAUGAUGAUGAUGAUAAUAAUAAUAAUAAUAAUAAUAAUAAUAGUAAUAAUAUUUAUUAUUAUUUAUUAUUAUUAUUUUGUUUAUACCCAGCCACUCUGGGUGGCUUCCAACACAUAUAUAAAACAUAGUCAAACAUUAAACAUCUUUAAAAAAUGGAACACUUCACCAGUUUGCAGAGGCCAUGCUAACCUCUUUAUCAAUCCAGUUUUAGUAUACAGUAUGUGCUGCGGACAGAGAGAUGGGCCAUCAGCAAGACAGACACUCUACCAGCCAGCAGAUGGGUGAAGCCCCACCCAGAGCUUUGAGAUAGUGAGUUUGAAGAGAGUGCCAAAGUUUUGGUUAGGAGGAAGUUUUAGGAUUUCAGUUGGCUAUGGUGUGAUCAAAAGAAAAAAGGCUUUCAGUCUGUUAAAUGCAGCAAGCUGGAGAGGCAGGAUCAGAGCACAAUGCAGACUGACAGUUUGAAUUAGAGGUUGCAGCAAUGGGAAAAACGGGACUCUCUUGGAGUGUAUGCUGGGGGCCCCCUCCAUUACAGGCUCAGGUGUAAAUAAACUAUAUAUCAUUAUGACACCACAGUCUACACUGUUCCUCAUUUCCAAAGGAAACACAGACUAAGUGCCUAGACCCCUGCAGUCUUGCACCGGUCAGAGAUUGGGGUGGCAUUUAGCCCCAUAUUACUAAUCAUGGGAGCGGCAAAGAGGGUGAAGCCCAGCUCUCUAGAAAUAACAGGUUGUAUCUAAGGUACUGCAAAGUGAAAGUCACUUAGCUGUGCCUGUGUGGCUGAGUAGGGAUUCAAACCCUGGUCUCCUGAGUCCUGGCUAGAGACCAACCAUUACACAGUACUUUCAUCAGGGGCUGCAGUCUUUUUUUGUGGCAAAUAAUCCCCCCUCCCCUCUACUUGUUCCAGACAACAACUCUGCAGCUGCUGGAGCGUCAGGAGGAGCAAAGGGGGAGCAGCAGCACCGAGGAGGAAGGACCUGCGGAAAGGAAGCAGCCAAGUGCCGCACCCCUUUAUGGGGAUCCCCACAGCAACUCUCUCCGAGAACCAGCACCAGUGGCAUCCCCCGCUCCUUUGGCUAAUCUGAAGGAAAGCUCAAGCAGUCCUCCAUUCACGGCUCUCGAAGGAGCCCAAGACAGUCUGUUAUUUGCAGCUCCUGAGGCUCAUUCUUCGGAAGCACCGGUUGAACAAACUCGUGCAGCCUCUGCUCAAACUGCAAGGCCGCCUCUCAGGCUCUCCGCCAGUAUUGAGAAGGAGAGGCCAAGCACUCAGGGAGAAAUGGACACAAUAGACACCGCCAUUCUGGCACCUCCAAAUCCAGCGGCGGGUGAGAUGGCCCCUGCAAUGGAGGGGCCCACGACGGGUCCAGAGGGCAAGGAGGAGAGUGGGGCAAGUCAGCACACCGCUGGCCCCACCUCUCAAGCUGCUGUAGCUGACAAGCAGCAGGACUUGGCUGGAGCCUCACAGCCAAGACCAGCGUCCAGCCCCAUGGAAGCGGAUUCCAGGUCUGUGCCAGGGCGGGAGGGGGACGGGAACUGUACCCAUUAUGAGUCUCUUGCCUUUCCGUGCCUUCCCCCCACCCCCUAAUAGCAUGGGGUUUAAGGCACAAAGGAAGAGCCUGGCUCCCCCUUGUUGGGUGAUAACGCUGAGGCCUGUUGCCUCCCCCCAACUGCAGCCUCGCCUGGGAUUCAUUCCUCGGGUCUCCCGUCACACUGAUGUGGCCCAUAUCCAGGGACAUGAGCACACAAUGAGCAGAGUUCAAAACAGAAGCUCAGCCUUGAGUAGUAACAUCUAAGCCUAAUUUAUUGGAAAUUAAAUCAAACAUAACAGAACAAAUAAAACAUGGCUCCUCUCUCUGUCUUUCUUCCUCGGAGAGAGAGCUGCAAAAAACAAAAGCUAUACAGAGCGGAAACAGCAUAUCUCAACUUCCUCUCACAAAACUCCCACAAUCAGUGCUGGAAUGUAAACAGACAUGUGACAUGUAACAAUCCCACACACAUCUGCAGUACAGGAGGAAUGGAAUUCUCAACACCCCUCUGCUCCAUUCAUUGACAUCAGUGCUAGCACUCCCCCACUCCCUCAUUUAACCCCCACAUCAACCCUAUAAGGUAGGCACUACCCAAUGAGCUUCAGGACUGAGUAGAGAUUUGAACUCUGGUCUCCCUGGGUUCUGGUCCGUUAACCACUGCAUCACUCCCACUCUCCUUUUCCUUCUGUCUUUUUCUCUUGCAGUCUUCUUGAGGACAAGGGUGGUUUCUUCAAAGUUGCCACUCCCAAGCCAUCUGCACUGGGAACUCUGUUGGUAGAAGACGACGACGACGAGGAAGAGGUGGUAAGAGCUUUGAGGGGGUGCAGUGGUGUAUGGUGCCAUUUGGGACGGCUUAAGGUGGAAGGCAUAGGUAAAGGUAAAGGGACCCCUGACCAUUAGGUCCAGUCAUGGCAGACUCUGGGGUUGCGGUGCUCAUCUCACUUUAUUGGCCGAGGGAGCCGGCGUACAGCUUCCGGGUCAUGUGGCCAGCAUGACUAAGCCGCUUCUGGCAAACCAGAGCAGCGCACGGAAACGCCGUUUACCUUCCCACCAGAGCGGUACCUAUUUAUCUACUUGCAUUUUGACAUGCUUUCAAACUGCUAGUUGGCAGGAGCAGGGACCGAGCAACGGGAGCUCACCCCGUGGUGGGGAUUCGAACCGCCAACCUUCUGAUUGGCAAGCCCUAGGCUCUGUGGUUUAACCCACAGCGCCACCCAUAGACGCCUCAAUAGGUGUUUGAUAAACUAAAGUGGUGGUGUUUUGUUACCAGGGCACCACCAAUCUUUCCUGUGGCUGUUAGGGGCGCUGUAUUGUUACGGUUUUGUGGCAUGUUCAUAUUUAUGUUUCAAGCAUGCUUUCAACUGCUAUGGCCUUUGAGUAACAAGUCACUAACAAGUCCAAUCAGUCCAAUCACUUUAUUAGGGUCAAUGUCCACUAUUUAAAACUAACAAUAGCUGGAGCCAUAGCCACUGACAGGCAGCAGAGCCAACUACUUCCAGUUUUGUCCUCCCUGCUGAGUCCCACAAGGGGCAACCCUGCGACUUACUAGGGAGAAAGCUAGAGCCCACAUCCUUGGCUUCCUUCUCCUGCUUGCCUUGCUGAUGGUCCUGCUCAGCUGGCCACCUCCUCUGCCAAGCAGCGGUGACCUAUCCCUGCCUUUCUUUCUCUCGGUUUCAGAGCCUUAAGGGUCGGCCUCCCCCCACCCCACUCUUUGAUGAUGAUGACGACGACAAUGAUGACCUAUACCUGCUGGGAUGAGCGGCCUGGCAAAUGCCAUGGCAAUACUUUCUUCUCUCAAGAGCUUCAGUGAUUGCUGAUCUGGAGCUGAGAUGGAUGGAGCUGGAGUUUUUCCUGUGGGCCUCCCCAGAUUGCUCAUUUGGGCUGAGGUGGCCUUAACUUGUGGUUUUUGAGCCUGCUGGCAGGAAGAGGGGUGACACUCUCUCUCUCUCUCUCUCUCUCGGUAGCAAAUGUCAAUUUGGGACUUUGUCUAGCUUCAAAGUCCUGACUGUUUAAUUCACCACUGCCGAACACACCUGUACCCUACACACUUUUGACCCAGCUGCUGCUGGGAGUAGCGGUGGGUAUCACCUUGAACAGCUCCUCUCUGUGGAAACCAAACUUAACCUAUUGCCAUAGCUCACCUCCAGUUCUGGACCUUGGCAAAACAGGAUCUUGAAGAAAAUAAUAAUAAAGUGCAAUUAAAAUAAAUUAACCCUG